CUAACUCUGAGUUUUUUCAAUUGAUUGACUUUUGAUCGCCCUCUCAACCCUUUUAAUCUUUCUCUUGCUUGUCAGCUGUUGUUUUUCCUCCCUUUCAACCUUCUCUCCCACAUUCAACAUGGUUGCUUCAUCGACCGCCUCCAACCUCGAGCGCGAGGACCACAAGCGCGAUGCCGAGUUCAACAAGGCCAUGCACGGCUCCUCUGCUCAGGCUCGAGGUGGUGUCGCUGCCAUGUUCCGAAAGGGCGGUUCUGCCAAGCAGGCCGCUGUCGACGAGUACUUCAAGCACUGGGACAACAAGCCCGCUGAGAACGAGACUGCUGAGGAGCGCGCUGCCCGUACCGCCGAGUACGCCACUUUGACACGACACUACUACAACCUCGCGACCGAUCUAUACGAGUACGGCUGGGGCCAGUCCUUCCACUUCUGCCGAUACUCACUUGGCGAGCCUUUCUACCAGGCCAUCGCCCGUCAUGAGCACUACCUCGCCCACCACAUCGGCAUCAAGGAAGGUAUGAAGGUCCUUGAUGUCGGCUGCGGUGUUGGCGGCCCCGCUCGUGAGAUCGCCAAGUUCACCGGCGCUCACAUCACUGGCCUGAACAACAACGACUACCAGAUCGAGCGUGCUACCCACUACGCCUUCAAGGAGGGUCUGUCCAACCAGCUCACCUUUGUCAAGGGUGACUUCAUGCAAAUGUCUUUCCCUGACAACAGCUUCGAUGCCGUCUACGCUAUCGAGGCUACUGUCCAUGCCCCUACUCUCAAGGGCAUCUACAGCGAGAUCUUCCGUGUCCUCAAGCCCGGUGGUGUCUUUGGUGUUUACGAGUGGCUCAUGACCGACGACUACGACAACGACAACCUCCACCACCGUGAGAUCCGACUGGGUAUCGAGCAGGGUGAUGGUAUCUCCAACAUGUGCAAGAUCUCUGAGGGUAUUGCCGCCAUCCACGACUCUGGCUUUGAGAUGCUGCACCACGAGGAUCUGGCAGACCGCCCUGACCCCCUUCCCUGGUACUGGCCUCUGGCUGGUGAGCUCCGCUACAUCCAGUCCGUUGGUGAUAUCUUCACCAUUGUCCGCAUGACCACCUGGGGCCGAACUAUUGCCCACGGCCUGGCUGGUGUCCUCGAGACUCUGCGACUCGCUCCCCCCGGCACCAAGAAGACUGCCGACAGUCUCGCCCUGGCUGCCGACUGCCUGGUCGCCGGUGCCAAGGAGCACCUCUUCACCCCCAUGUACCUCAUGGUGGCCCGCAAGCCUGCUGCGUAAAGUGAUGGGCUUCAAAUCAAAAUUCAAUAGAAAAGACAAUUGUGAGGGUCGAAAAAGCAGCAUGUGCUGGCUGAUGAUGCAUUCAUGAAGGGGGCCGGCCUCAGAUAUAAAGGAAUUGAGAAAGGCAGAGGAGUUGGGGGCAUUACUGGUAUUUAAUAAUAAUAUUCCAAUGUUAAACAUC